AAAAAACUGGGAGUUAACAGUCACGCAUGACUGCGUUAAUGUGUGACUUUAGUCAGAACCGUCAAGUCAUUAGAGGACACAGGAUGGCCAAACUAAGUGUCACGUACGUUAUGUUAGUUUGUCUGGGGCUGGUCGAGGUCACCCAGGCAUACAGCAGUGGGGCGCCAGAAGGGGCGUGUGGCACCCUGAUGCCCGGCCACGGCGUCCCCGCACAAACCUCACAGCCCCCCUUCAAGGUCACCACAACAAAGACAAAUGUCGCCCCUGGUGAACAAAUAGAAGUGCCACUGUGGUCCCAGAGAAGUCUGUGUUCUGGACACAGAUCCCAUCGGCCGAGAUCUCCAUCGGAGCGGCAGGACAGACCACGCCCAUAAUGCCGGGGAUGCUAACCACGCCCCGUCUUGGAGGCAUGACGACCACGCCCUUCAUGGCAACGACGCCACGCAAAAACACAGGAGUCAACACGCAGAACCCCGGGGUGGUGACCGUUGACCCCCAGUGCGGCAAGACCAAGGGCUGCUACCACGACUGCUCCGGUGGGGGACCCUGCACCUACGUCAUUUCCUGGUUGUACCAGCCGGACACUGUCCACUUCCGGUUCCUCUUCAAGACGCCGUCCACAUCUGACCAAUGGAUAUCUCUGGGCCUGUCACAUGACCAGUACAUGGGAGACGACAGUGUGAUGGAGUGUGUGAUGGAUGCCGGCACUGUCCAGGUCAAGACCUCAUACAACACUGGCCAGUACAACGCCUACCCUGAUGACAAACAUGCAGGCAUACACAACGCUGAGGGGUCAGUACGAGACGGGGUCAUUGAGUGCAGCUUUGACCGAAAGACGCAGUACCCGAGGGAGCCCAAGGUCUACGACCUGAGUAAAUCUUAUUACCUGAUGGUCGCGUACGGUGAGGCUGUCUCAGGUAACAAAUUCCCCCACUCCUACGAAAAGUUGCCCAAAGUGUCCUCAGAGAAAAUCAGUUUCCAGUCAAUCGGGAGUGUAAAGGGCGGGGCCGGUCCGGUCUAUCCCAUGGUCAAAGCUCACGGAACGUCCAUGACCUUCGCCUGGAUGUUGUUUGCAAGCUCCGGUCUGUUCAUCGCUCGCCAUGGCCGCUCCAUGUUCAACAACUCCAAGCCAUACGGGCUGCUAGUGUGGUUUCACGUCCACCGCUUCUGUAUGACCAUGACCGCCCUCUUGACCAUGCUGGGAUUUGUUUUGGUCUUGGUAGAGUCCAAAGGCUACAGCAAAAUUCCAGAUACCCCGUCAGAGAAGAGCUGGUACCGCAUGCUACAUCCGCCCAUAGGUCUUGUGUUGAUUAUCAUGACCUUUGUUAAUCCCCUGAUGGCCCUGUUCAGACCUGACAUCAAGGCGCCGUCCCGCAAACAUUUUAACCACAUCCACUGGGGCAUUGGCCAACUAGCCUGGAUCCUAUCUAUCGCCCUCAUUCUGAUCGGCCUUGACCUGAACAAAUCCCAGUCCGACAUCGAGGCUAUCUAUGUCGUCUUCGCCUUCAUCGCCUACCACGUCUUGAUGGAGAUCCUCAUUCGUCUGGUGCCCUUCAUCUUCGGCUUGUCAUGUGGCUGCUGUAGAUGUAGAUGUUGUAAAAACAAGCGCAGCUACGACUUCAACAUGACGGACAUGUCCAGUAGCGAGGUGCCCAGCAUGGCCGGACAGGGAGGUUCCUCAUACGACAAGGAGGUGGAGGAGGAGGACAAGAUCACUGCCCAUCGCAGGAAGAACAUCGUGCUGACGUUGAUGCUGGUGUUCCACAUGAUCGCCUCCGCCUGUUUCGCCAUCGCCGUCCUCUUUUUCUUCCUGCGUCGUCCUGUGGACGAGGCGGAACUACACGCCAGCCCCACCGAACGUUACGAGCAUGACGACAGUGUCCACGUCGUCGGCGCCAACUAGAUGACGUCACACGCUAGAUGACCUCUGAAGACCUCGUGAAGAAUGUGUCAGGAAUUUUAGCCCUUGUUCAAAACUAAGCCA